GGUAGGUCAGGGAAAGAGAGCGGAGGACGCCAUGUGCUUUUGAGCGAGAGGGAGCCGGGGGUCUGGAGGCAGCAGCGGGAGCGAUCUGAUCACAGAAAGGGCGGAAUAACAGGGGCAGGUUUUAGUUAACAUGUACUGCACACUGCACUGCAUCCGGACAUCGCUGCGGGUGGCCGCUCAGGCGCACGGACAUCAUCUUCCAGCACCGGCCCUGUGUGCCCUGAGGACACUCAGGACCAGUCCUGCCAGUCUGACCAAUGCCAUCGCUACCCCCCCUUUAGAUGGAGCCCCCAAACAAUACUCGCCUAAAAUCCAGCAACUGGUCAAUGAUAUAUCCAGUUUGACCCUUUUAGAAGUGUCUGAUCUCAACGAGCUGCUCAAGAAAACCCUCAAUAUUCAGGAUGUAGGAAUGAUGCCCAUGGGGGCAAUGGCUGCAGUGCCAUCUGCAGGAGCAGCUUCGGCAGCAGAAGAAGACGCAGCCCCAGCAAAGAAAGAGAAAACUCAUUUCACAGUGAAACUGACAGAGUUAAAGGCAGAGGAUAAAGUCAAACUGAUUAAGGAAGUGAAGAACUGUAUUCAGGGCUUGAAUCUAGUACAGGCCAAGAAGCUUGUUGAAUCCCUGCCUCAGGAGAUCCGGGCCAACGUUUCCAAAGAAGAGGCGGAAAAGCUGAAGACGGCGCUGGAAGCAGCAGGUGGCACUGUGGUUCUGGAGUAGACCCUGCACCUCUUCAAUACUGUCUUGUCUUUUUUUUUGUUUUUUUUUUUACACAUCAAAGGUGACCAGAAUGGAAAACAAGUAAUGCCUUUAAACAUUACCCCACGAUCUGCCAGUGACUGUCUGGGUGUGAGAACUCACAGACUGGACUUUAGCAGGCACUGGGCCUGCGCACACUCACCACCCAGUCAUCGGCUUUGUCUGUCUGCCUGAUAGCUGUAAGCAUAGAGCUACAGAUGUGAUGGCCUGGGCAGUUCAGAUGGAGUUCUGCCUGUAUGUCUGUGUCUGUUUCAUAGGGCAUGGGGACAUAUGCCUUAGACAGAGGGGCACGGUUGCCAUUGCCUGUGGUUAAAUAAAUAUGUCAUAUAAUACUGU